CAGCAAUUAUUAAGUCGAUUACAAGUAGUUUCUACUUCCUGUUAUUCGCGUUCCGGCGUCGCCAUUGACAGUUAUCCAUGUGCGUGUGAAAAUGUCGGCUAUAAAAUCACUAAACCCUAAAGCUGAAGUAGCGAGAGCUGCCCAAGCUCUUGCAGUCAACAUAAGCGCAGCGAAAGGACUCCAGGAUGUGUUGAGGACAAAUUUAGGACCUAAAGGGACAAUGAAAAUGCUUGUUUCUGGUUCAGGAGACAUCAAAUUGACAAAGGAUGGAAAUGUCUUGCUUCAUGAGAUGCAAAUUCAACACCCAACUGCUUCCUUGAUUGCUCGUGUUGCGACUGCUCAAGAUGAUGUGACUGGUGAUGGAACUACUUCCAAUGUGCUCAUUAUUGGAGAACUUCUCAAACAAGCAGAUCUGUACAUUGCUGAGGGUCUUCACCCACGACUGAUCACUGAAGGCUUCACCCUAGCCAGAGACAAGGCUCUGGAGGUUCUGGACCAAGUGAAGGUGAAGAGAGAGGUGGACCGGGACACUUUGAUGCAAGUGGCCAGAACAUCCCUCAGGACCAAGGUUUAUCAAGAGCUGGCUGACCUUCUCACUGAGCAUGUGGUGGAUGCUGUUCUUUCCAUCAAGCAGCCAAAUGGAUCAAUAGAUCUGCAUAUGGUGGAGACCAUAGAGAUGAGACAUAAGACAGACUUGGACACUGUUCUGGUUAGAGGUAUGGUAAUGGAUCAUGGAGCCCGUCACCCUGAUAUGAAAAAGAACAUUCAUGAUACUUUCAUCCUGACCUGCAAUGUUUCCUUGGAGUACGAAAAGACGGAGGUGAACUCUGGCUUCUUCUACAAGAGUGCCCAAGAACGUGAGAAGCUGGUGGCUGCUGAGCGCGAGUUCAUCAAUGAGCGGGUCAAGCGCAUCAUUGAGCUGAAGAAGAAAGUCUGUGAUGGUACUGACAAGAAUUUCCUCAUCAUCAACCAGAAGGGCAUCGACCCAAUGUCUCUGGACAUGCUGGCUAAGGAGGGAAUUGUUGCACUAAGGCGGGCCAAGCGCAGGAACAUGGAAAGAAUUGUACUGGCUUGUGGUGGCAUGGCCGUCAAUUCUGUGGAUGAUCUCGUACCAGAAUACUUGGGCUGGGCUGGUCAUUCUUAUGAACAAGUCUUGGGUGAGGACAAGUUCACAUUUAUCGAGGAAUGCAAAGAACCCCACUCUGUCACUAUAGUCAUCAAGGGGCCAAAUGCCCACACUAUCACCCAGAUCAAAGAUGCCGUGAGAGAUGGACUGAGGGCUGUGAAGAAUGCUAUUGAUGACAACUGUGUUCUACCUGGGGCUGGAGCUUUUGAAAUUGCUGCGUACCAGGAACUGAUGAAGUACAAAGACACCGUGAAGGGCAGAGCCAGACUUGGUGUCCAGGCUUUUGCAGAGGCUUUGCUGAUCAUUGUGAAAGUGCUAGCGCAGAACUCAGGCCUUGAUCCUCAAGAAGCCAUUGUCAAACUGCAGCAGGAAUAUCUGGGCACUGACCAGGCUGUUGGGUUAGAUAUCAAAACAGGUGAAGCCAUGGUUCCUCUCAACGAAGGCAUCAUGGACAACUUCAAUGUCAAGCGCCAACUCCUCCACUCCUGUACUGUGAUCGCUACCAACCUCCUCCUGGUCGACGAGAUCAUGCGGGCGGGAAUGUCCUCUUUAAAGGGAGACUCUUGAUGACCUCCUGUCUUUGUCGCCCUUGUGUGUGUUUGUGUGGACUUUUUUUUUUUUAUGAUUGCGAUAUUCAGUUUUGCAUACGUAUUUAUCCGUAGAAUGUUUUUUAGUGACUGUUCUUUUGUGUUCGUCGCUGAGCUUGUUGAUCAAAGAGAUCUUUCGCUUUCGGGUCCUAAAAUGAUUUCUGGUCUUAAUUACGUACAUAGUAUUACGUAAAGGAACUGUGAAGAAAUGAAUUUUGUCCUAAUGGCAGAAUUGAAUUUCAAUGUUCUACUCGUUUUUUAAAAAGUCAUUCUUAAAACGUCCAAAUCCUAAUGAUUAUGUGAUAGAGUAUAUACAAAGGACCCACUUUCUGUAAGAGUGGUUGUUGCCAUGGAGACUUCUCCCCUCUGGAAAUAUGGGGGGGGGGAACUAGUCUGUAGCUCAGGCCUCCAUGGUUUGGACAUGGAAGUUGUUGUUGUAUGUCCAUUCGUUUGUGUUGCAUCAUUGCUUGUUUUUUUUCCUUUUUAUAAAAACAAAUAAACUUUUUGAUCUUUUCA